UGUUAAUUCAAAUUUCCCACAAGAAAAAAUGUUACUCAGCUCCGUAGUUAAUUUUCUUUUUUCUGUUUAAAGAUGUUAAAUUAGAAAAGUAGCUUGCAAAUGAAAGGCAAAACAAUUUUACAUUUUCUUCUAUAAAAGAAAUUGUUAAACUUGGAGAUUUCUUUUUUGGUAGAACAAAGUUAGUUCAAGUAAAAUAAGUUCUGAUAUGAAAAAGCAAAGUAAAUAAGUCGAGUCUCAAGUGUAACCGAAAAAUCAAAAUAAAAAACACCUCCAACAAAAAAGAGAAAAAAGAAAAAACACGUUUUCCUAAUAUUUUCCAUCGCCUAAUACUUUCCUUAAAUUAGUAGUCCGCGUGAGUUGGUUUUUUGGAAACAUAACAUCUAUGUAAAGAACCACAUUAGUAGAGUUAGAGCAUUCUCUUCUCCGGUGAUCGAGUUUAUUGUUGUUUCAUAAGUACCACAAGUAUAUUUCUUUCUCCUCCAAAUAUUUUCACAGUGGCACUAGCAAAUCAUUGUUAAAGGUUUUUCUAUUCGUAAUAAACAUAUACUCUAAUUACGAAUAGUUCUUGUCUUCGAUCUACUUCUUGAUUGUCUUUGAGGGUUUUGUGUAUUGUGCCGCAAUUACUUACUUGUCUCAUGUCGACUGUGCGUGUUAUGGGUGAGCGUUUUCACCCAACUGAAGUGCAAUUAAUCAACUAUCUCAAAAGGUUCUUGAAGGGUGAAUCUUUCCCGAGUCAAUGCCCUAUUCGGCUUGCGGAUAUCUAUGGUGAUCAACCUCCAUCGGCCAUUUUUGGAGAAGAGAAAGUUGGCUACUUUAUUUCACCGUUGAAGAAGCAGAAGGAAUCAGAUGAAAGGUAUCGUCCAACUUGUGGCAACGGGACUUGGAGAAGCCAAACUAGUGGCAUACAUAUCGAGAAUCGCAAGGGUACUGUUGUUGUGGGCUUUAGAAGAAAUUUAAAAUGUACUUGCAAAGAAAAAAAGCAAAACUGUAGUACUACUUGGUUGAUGAGAGGGUAUUUCGUGGAGGAUGAUUUCUUCAGGACAAACGAUAUUCCUAAACAUUUUGUACUGUGCCGAAUCAAGAAAAUUAUAAAAGAGAAAAAGGUGAAGGAUGUUACGGUAACAGAACAAGAUGUUGCGGGGAGUUUUCGAAGCUAUGUUGUAAGAACUUGAUGAUGACUACCACACAACACAAGUAACAACAAUUUGUCAUGCUGAAUGUCAAAUCAUGGACGAGACUCAGAAGGCCAAAGAAAGAGAACAUAAUAGCAAAUUCAAUGACUGCUUGGGGGAGAUCGAUUGGGCUGAUGAUCUACUCAUAAAUAUUGACGAUUUUGGUGACAUAAUUUGUUGUUAAUUCAUAAUCUUGACUUGAAAAUAUAUGCUAACAGAUUGAUUAGUCUAGUUCACUUACGGUUUCUUGUCUUCAAUUAUUUUGCAGAUUUAAGUAUUCAUUUUUAUGUAUUUUACGUUGUCUUAUUGCCUAACUGGAGUGAAAGAUACAUACAUACAACGAAUUAUAUCUUUGCGUUUA